AUGACACCUACGAAUGUGAUGAAGCAUCGAUCUCAUAGUAGUUUCCACCAUUCAAUAGAAGGUAAAUCUCUUAUGGUGCAAUUUGGUCAAGCGGGGUUGAAACCUUCUCAGAUUAAAAAAGAUGUUAAUAAAAUGAAAACCUCAAAUGUAGCUGAUGUUACUUCAAAGAAAUGUGUCGAUGUCUUAUCAGAGCAACGAAAACAACAUAAAGGAAAGGAGUUCUAUGGACUUAUAAAACAUUUUCAAGAUAAAACAUUAGUUGAUAGUGACCAGUAUUUUGUUGUGGAUUUGUUUGAUGAUGGAUCAAGAGAUGCUUAUACAAAAUUUAGAGAUGUUGUUGUGUUUGAUGUCACUUAUACGACUAACAAUUUCAAGAUGCCUUUUUCUCCAUUUACUGGGGUGAAUCAUCAUGGGCAGUCUAUACUUUUUGGUGGAGCAUUUCUUGAAAAUGAAAAGGAAGAGACAUUUGAAUGGUUAUUUGAACAUUUCCUCAAAUGUAUGUUUAACAAGUAUCCGAAUGCAAUUAUAACAAAUCAAGAAAAAGCAAUGGGAAAUGCAAUAAAAAAAGUGUUUCCAAAGACUCGGCAUCGUUUUUGUUCAUGGCAUAUCAUGAAGCAUGAAACUGAGCACCUUCAAUCGUAUGUUUCCCAUUACAGUGAUUUUCAAGAAACGCACAAACAAUGGGUAAAUAGUGACACCAUUGAACAAUUUGAAGCAACAUGGGAAGUUAUGCAUAGUAAGUAUGAACUGGAAAGCAAUAGUUGGAUUAGUGACAUGUAUAACCAACGUAUACAUUGGGCUAAACCCUUCUUGAAGGAUACUUUCUUUGUUGGUAUGACAACAACCGGGCGAAGUGAGAGUAUCAACUCAUUUUUUGAUGAAUUUGUUAAUUCAAGGACCAUGUUGAAUGAUUUGAUGUACAAUACGACAAAGCAGUUGAGUCUCGAAGGACUGCCGAAGAAGAUGAAGACUUUAAGACUAUGA